AAAACUCAUGUAAUAUCCCGCACCUUCGUGCUAUUCUUCAACUUUAAUUAUAACAUCAAACCAUCUCCUAAGACAAACUAGAAAUCUCUAGCAACAUUCUCGAAUCAUGGUAUCCACUGUCAACCUGUAUAUAAAAAUGUAAACACCACAACCCCUUGUCUCCAACAAGCAAAUUUUGCCAUAAAAGCCUUUAAUCAAACAAUAGCCUUCAAAUAACUCGAGCAAUCACCAUGGAUUUUACCAACUUCGGUUUUGACUCUAGGCUUCUCUCCACUCUUCAAGACAUGCUAGACUUUCCCGACGAUCACGAGAAGCCAACACAGAACAAUCCAACAAGAGCCUAUGUUCGUGACACAAAGGCCAUGGCAGCCACACCAGCAGACGUGAAAGAGUAUCCCAACUCCUAUGUUUUCAUUGUUGACAUGCCGGGCAUCAAAGCAACUGAAAUAAAGGUCCAACUGGAAAAUGACAAUGUUUUAGUGGUGAGCGGAGAGAGGAAGAGGGACAAGGAGAAGGACGAGAAAGAAGGAGUGAAGUACUUGAGAAUGGAGAGAAGAGUUGGUAAGUUUAUGAGGAAGUUUGUUUUGCCUGACAAUGCAAAUAUGGAUGCAAUAUCUGCGGUUUGUAAAGAUGGAGUGCUUCAAGUUACUGUUGAGAAAUUGCCAGCGCCUGAGCCUAAGAGACCAAAGACCAUUCAAGUCAAGCUUGCCUGAAGGGCAAAAAUAUACACGUACAGUUAUGUUUGGUUGACUUUGGAAAAGUUUGAAAUUCUGUUUUUGUGGUGCUUAUAUGAUGUAUUUUGGAUUGGUUUGUGCCGUGUGUAAGACCUUUUGGUCUAUAAACCGUUAAAUCAUCAAUAUAUUUCUUUGAGUUUACUGGAA